AUGGCUGAUCUUAGAGAAAUUGAACCAAUAGCUGAUAACAUCCUUGUGGUUGGCUGUGAGGAUAAAGAUGGGGAUGCAGAGCAAGAUCAUGAUGGCAAACUGCUGGAACUGAUAAUUCUUUGUAGGCAGGUGACGAUAAGACUUGGCUUAAAGAAACUGCAAUUCAAGGUCAAAAAGGUCUGCAUACACAUACUAUCCUGGAAGGGUUUAAAGGCAGACCCUGGGUAAAUCAGAGCCAUACAAGAUAUGACACAGCCCACUGUGUAAUCCCUGCAGCUCUUCAUAGUAUUUGUUACCUACCUAGCGAAAUUCCUACUGCAUCUCUCAGAGGUUUGAAAAGGCUUCCAGACAAAGAUGUGUUUUGGCAUUGGCUUCCUAAGCAUUACAAUGUGGUGCAGGACAUCAAGUGUCCUGAAGUGCUAUGACAUUACAAAAGUUGUAACUAAUCAAAGUGACAAAAGAAAAAGUGGACUUGGUUGUUGCCUAUUGCAAGCUGACCAGCCUGUAGAUUUUGGUUCACUGACCCCUACUGCACAAAACUACGCACUAAAUUCACUACCUUUAUGGACAUGACAAGAUCACUGCAGAAGCUGACCAUAAGCCUCUGAUAUCUAAUUUUAGAAACCACUUUGUGUGCACCUAAACAGCUACAGAGCAUGUUGCUCAUGUUACAAAAUUAUUGCCUAAAUAUUGUCUAUCAACCUGUACUUAAAAUGUACAUUUGUUACACUCAUAGCAGAGCUAUAGCAGUAGGUGGUACACCGGAGUUUGCACAACACACAGUUUGCAAUGUUCAACAAGAGCUGAAUGAUCUAAUGCUUAUUAAUCAUUCAGAUUAUUUAAAUGUCACAGAGCAGAACAGUUGUUUCAGAUAAGGCAACACACAGAAUUCGAUGAGAGUUUGUGAGCACUUAAGUCUCUUGUUCUUAAUGGUUGGACAGAUUCAGAGGAAGAGAUGCUGUUAAUUGUGAGGGAAUACUGGACUUUCCAAGAUCUAAUCAGCAUUCAGAAUGGUGUACUGUACAAGAGACCAAGGGUCAUCAUUCCUAAAUCACUAAGAUCGGUGACGCUGACACGCAUACAUGCCAGUCACAUUGGUGGAGAUGCAUGUUAUAGGCAGGCACGAGAUACAUUAUCCUGGCCCAAUAUGCAAAAUGAGAUGAAAGAUUUUGUUAGCUGUUGUUUGACAUGCAAUGAAUGUGCACAGACACAGCAGAAAGAACUCAUGAUGUCGCAUGUGUUGCCUAUCCGACCAUGGCAACCUGUAAAGCAUGGACCUAUUCAAUUAUGCAGGGCAAGAUUUUUUACUAAUUGUUGAUCACUAUUCUGACUUUUGGGAGAUUGAGCUCCUUUCCGACUCACAUAUGUGGAUUAAAAAAGUUAUAUAACAAAAGGGUGGGUCAGGUCUUCAUAACAGCUUGCAAUGCCUUGUGCCCAAAUCUAGAAUCUUCCAAGGUAAGUAUGUCUAGAUGAUAGUGCUUCAUGAAAUUGUUUAAAGAAAAAUGUAUUCAGAUGAAGCAUAUUCAGUCCAUGCCAUAGCCCUUGAAUGGUCUUUAAUCGGCGGAGGAGGGGGAAGAGACUGUGAAGUGUAUGAAAAGACAAUGGAUUCUUUCAUCCACUUGCUCAGUGUUGUUUUCAAAGCCAUUUCCCCCUUUUUUUCCCCUUUUACAUAGAAUUACUUCCAUAAAGAAUAUAUUCUGUCCAAAUAGCAUUGCAGUGUUCUCUUAACAUCCAAUCGGUAAAAUCUCUGUUCUUUCUCAUUCAUAGGAUUCCUGCAGAAUGUAGGUAUGAUAAUCUCCUUUUGAUUAUUGACUGAUUAAACUUUAGGUUGAAAUUUUGGAUGUAGUCUCGGGAACACCUUAUCCAUAUGGAAAAACAAGUAUAUGUUAGAUAAAGCGUGUAAUUCUUCCAGCCUCUUAGUUGAAGUGACGGCUAUUAGAAAGAUAGCUUUCCACAUCAGAAAUUUAAGAUCAGUAGAACAGAUUUGUUCGAUCACAUAAAUCUAAAAGGACUAUAUUCAAAUCCCAUGGGGGGAUCGAUUCUGUGACUGUGGAUAGGAAAUUAUGGAUCGCUUUAGUAAAUCAAAUAAAUGUGGCAAUGUUCCUGAAGAAUAAAAACUUGGUAUUUGGGCUUUAAAGGAGGCGUAUUUAAGACCCUUCUUAAACCCCGUUGUAGAAAAAGUAGAAUUUUCAGAAUGGAUGCUGAAAGAGGAUCUAUUUGCAUAAUCUUCUCAAUAUUCUAGAAUCUGCUGUUCAGAGACCAGGCUGUGAGUUGGAAAGUCUCUCUUAUUGAAUGUGGAACCAGAUCGUACUACAAUGUAUCCUAAAUAUAGGACUUGCAAGCCAAAUUCUCUGGACUUUCAGCCUGGGUUGUCAGGCAGGUCCCUCAAAUUGUAAUUAAUAUUAAUAUUAAUUAAUAUAUUAAUUAAUUAUAUAAAUAUAUUUGUAGAAUUUAAAUACAUGUAUUAUUAUAUUAUUAUUAUUUAUAUAUAGCUAUAUAUAUGUAUAGAUAGAUAGAUAUGUCUUUCUAAAUGUAUUUUGAAUUUAAUAUAUAUGUAUAUUAAUAUCAAAAUACAGUUAGAACAAAUUAAAAAUGGUAUAUAAUUUUUUUCGUUAUUUUUUUAUUUUUUUCCAUAUUUUUCAAUUUAUUUAUUGAUUUUGAUAUUGAUUUUAUUUUAUAUAUAUAUAUAUAUAUAUAUAUAUAUCAUUAACGUCAUUCUACGUGUAUUUUAAUAUUAAUAUAUGUAUAUAUAUUAAAAUACACGUGUAUUUUAAUAUUAUUAUUAUAUAUAUAAAUACAUAUAUGUAUAUUAAUAUUAAAAUACACUUUUAUUAAUGGUUUAUGUAUGUGCAAAUAAAAGAACUUGGAUCAUAUAUAUAUAUAUAUAUAUAUAUAUAUGAUCCAAGUACUUUUAUUUACUUUCUUAAACUUUUUAUUUAUUUUUACUAACUUUAAAAACUGUUUUGCAAGCAUUAGGGGGACUGCCUGAGGCUCAGGCAGACCCCCUGCAGACACUGCAUAAGCCACCUAUUCCUUCCAUGUGAUCGCAAGGAUCCUGAGAUCACAUGGCCGGCGGGGGUGGGGGCAGAUUGGGCAGAGGGAGUCUGCCUGAGCUCCCAGGCAGACUCCAGGAACGUGACCGCCUGUGUGGGAUCGGCAGGGACCUGGUAAAUGCCCUGGAUGGUGGGGACGUUCUAUGCCACCCGCCGGCAUUUAGACCACCCCAAAAAACACGGCAUAGAACGCCCGCCGUACUUAAGGGGUUAAGGAUAUUUCGAACAUAAUAUUAACAAAGAUCUAUCUACAGAUAGAGCAGAAUGUUUGCAGUGCAGUAUGAUAAGUUUACAAUGAUAAAAUAAACAUAUAACAGUAUUACGAGUUUAUUUUGAAAUCAGCAAUUAAAGAGUUAAGCAUUAUACAACUUAUGGCAAAAACAAUAUAUGGUAUACGUCAGAAGUCUGAAAGUUGAAAGAACUUAACCAAUGAAUUGUUAGUAUUAUUUGAUUCUUUGCCACUCAUAUCUCCAAUAGGGAACUUGGCCUUCUUGCCAAGCUGGAGUAUUGUGAUGUCUGCAUUAGGUAGAUUCUAUUUUUAUUUUUAUUUUUUUUAAUUUUCAUUUAUAGCAAAUAAUUCUUUAAAAUGUUCAGUAAAAAAAAAAAGUUAAAUUUAGAAGGAACUUGCCAUUCUUUCUUUCCCAAAACUGGUUGUACGGACAAGGCCUUUUUAAUCACUUCUUUUUUUCUGCUUAUUGAUUGAUUUCCUCCUAAAAAUAUAUAUAUAUAUAUAUUCCUCAAGUUACUCACAAUGAGAGGAUGAACCAUUUCUCUCUUUCUUUUCCUACUUACUGGCACUUUAUUUAAGUCAAGGAUUGUUGAAGGUCAAAGAAAGUUUGUUGCAGAUCUGAAUUGAACUAAUUGAAAAAGGAUUACAUUUCCCAUUUUUUAGCUUACUCAAAGGCGUCUUCUGCAAAGGGUUACAUAAUUUUUCAUAUAACCAUCAGGACGUAGUUGCUCACAGCCUGCACAAACUUAAUUAGAGCGACGCAGAGUGUGUUCCACCAAGCAAUACAUCAUCUUCCUCCCCUGGCUUCCCAGGACAAACCUCCAGGUAUCCCUAUGGAACCCACCAUAUGUGAGUACUGUCUCUAUUCAUAGGGAACAUGAUGGUGUUUGGAAGAGAAAGUGAAAACUUAAGUGCUCGCAAUUGUGAUCACAUGAUAAGAGGUAAAAUAAUUGAAAAUUGUGUGGAACUAAAAAGAAUAAUAGAAAUAACAGUGGUACAUGAUUAAAAUGGGUCAUUAGGCUUCAGAAUUAAAACAGGGAGAAUAUAAUGGUCAAAAACCCUAAAAAGUGAAAAGAAGAGGUAACAUAAUGUAAAUAUUGAGAAAGAGAAAGAAUAAAAAAUAAAUAUAUAAUCAAUUGAUUCCAAUUGUUACCCAUUAAUUACUAUUGUUAUUAUUAUUAUUAUUAUUAUUAUUAUUAUUAUUAUAUAGCGCCAACAAAUUUCGCAGCCAAUGUCUGGUUAUAUUUACAUUUUUGUUAGUCCAAUGGGUGGACUAACAAAUAUGUAAAUGUAACUAGACAAGUUGGACGCACAGGAACAGAGGGAUUGAGGGCCCUGCUCAAUGAGCUUACAUACUACAGGGAAUAAAGUGACACAAAAGGUAAGGUUAGGAGUAGAGAAGUAGAUUGGCAAAAUAGUACUCACUGGAGACUUAGUGUGUUUUUUAAAGAUAGUUACAGGAGAGGAAUCAAUUGGGAGAAAUUAAUAGUAUAAUUGAAAUGCUUUUGUGAAAAAGUUAGUUUUUAAUGAUUUUUUGAGACUGGGUGAGGAACUUAGAGAGAAGGGAAGGGAAUUUCACAGCAUCGUGCAGCCCUGGAGAAGUCUUGAAGGCGAGCAACAGAAGUGGUAGUACGAACAGAGAAUAGACAUAGGUCUUCGGUAGAGCUACGUGACAUACUUGUGUAUUAGGAAGGGGAUCAGCAUUAUGUAGAGAUUUCAAAGCAAAAAAACUGAAUUUUAAAUUGAGCCCUAUAUCUUAUGGGAAGCCAAUGCAGGGACUGACAGAAGGGUGAGGCGAGGGAAGUGCGGAAGGACAGGAAGAUGAGAUGACCAAAAUUGUUCGUAGCAUUCUUUUGCUUUGUUUACAUUUGCAAUAUACAGUGAGCACUAUAUAUUAUCCUUUAUUUUUGCUUUGUUCACAUUUGCAAUAUACAGUGAGCACUAUAUAUUAUCCUUUAUUUUUCAUAUGUGUAAUGAACUCCCACAUGCUGUGGCUGGGAUUUGUACUGCCACAUGCUGCCUACACUUGUGAGUGCAUCUUGUUUUACUUAUUGCAUCUACGUCCUUUUUGCAAGAGAUACUACACUAAGGGACUCUUUCUUAUUGUUUUAUAUUUUACUGGGCCUGUUGAAGAGAUUUGUGACCCAUAUAUCUGCCAGUGGGGAUUAUUCCGCUGACUGAAUCAAUAACCUGACUGCUGUUUUUGUUUGUUUGCAAAUUGAAGGUGGAUAUAUAGUGAAUUUUGUAGUAUUUUGGAAAGCUCAAACAUUAAAAUGUUUCCAUAAAUGCAUAACAUUUUCAAUUGUGGACACUAUUAGAUCCUUUACAUUAUAUAUAUAAUAUAUAUAUAAUAUCCGCUGUGUAUACCUUUGAAACUAUACAGGGCCGAAUGAGGUAGCCUCAAAUGAGAUGCUCUUACAGUCUCCCAGGACCAAAUGAUUUAUCUUCAGAUUGCAGUUGUACUCCCACCUCUAACGCCCGCCUCCAAGACUUUUCCAGGGCUGCACCUCUUCUGUGGAACUCCCUUCCCUUCUCCAUAAGAAUUUCACCCAGUCUCCACUCAUUGAAAAUAGCAUUGAAAACUCACUUCUUCAAGAAAGCAUAUCAAUUAAACUGUUAGCAGGUUUUCAUCCCCCAAUUUUACUAAAUGUGUACCAGUUCCUGUGAAAUCCUCAGACCCCUAAAGUACUAAAGAUUGAUGUGCUUUAUGUGUGAAGAAUGUAUCAUAUUUUUUUCAGAUUUCAAUCAAAAUUGGCCCUUUUAUUAAAAGCUUGUUUCAUCCCCCUGGCAGGUCCUGUUACUUCCUGGUUGUUUAGCUCAGUGGAGCUAAACUCAAAUGGCAACAAUGGCUCAGAGCACCUGCCUUGCAAAGACUUCUCAUUGAGCUGCAUCGGGAAGUAUGAUUGGACAGUCACAGAAAGUCUGGGCGGGAUUAGAAGGGGAUAGGGGCUUGCAAAAGCUAUAGACACAAUAUCUACAGCUUCUGCGAGUUGUUUUUAGAUAUACUUCAAUGAAAAAAAGAAAAAUUAAAUUCAUAAUUCAAUGGCUACCAGAUAUGAACAUUGGGAUGCUCUGUUGCAUGUGCUGGACAAGAAUGUUAUGGUGAUGUUUUCAUGUACUAUUUGCAGGAAGUACAUUGAAUCCCCCUACUCCUUGUGUAUAGCAUUUAGUCAUUUCAUCAGUACAUUAUUUAUAUAUGUGCUCAUAUCAGUGCUACCCUUCCAUAUUGUACUUGUAUAAUUAAAUCCUGACCAGAUGCAGUGGUUAAACAAACAGCCUUCCCUACCACAGGUGCUUCGUUAAUGAUGUUCAAAUAAAUUACUGGAGAGUCGUAACAUAGAGAAGCAAUAUAAAUGCAAAAUGAUCUAAACUUGCACACAAGAAUAUCAUAGGAAAGUUAUAAAACCAGGAAAGGAUCUGCACAUCCUAUUUAUAGAUCAUUACACCAUUUUUAUUUCCCUAAUGCUGAGCCCUAAAGAAUGAGGCUGGGAUCAUAUUUACAAGGGAGAGACGAGACCGAAAGGACAUAAGCAAAAGAGUGAUAUGACUCAGGAGAUGUUCAAGAAAGGGACGUUGCUCAAAGGAGGGUUACUUUGAUAAGCUAUAUAGGAUAGAUAGAUAGAUAGAUAGAUAGAUAGAUAGAUAGAGAGAUAGAUAGCCAUAGAUAGCCAUAGAUAGCCAUAGAUAGAUAGAUAGAUAGAUAUAUAGAUAGGUAGAUAGACAGAUAGAUGAUAGAUAGAUAGACAGACAGACAGACAAAAAUAUAGAUGAUAAAUAGAUAGAUAGAUAGAUAGAUAGAUUAGGCAGACAAUUAUAAUGGCAAUCAGAAAACGUAACAUCACAUAUUUCACAUAUAUGCUGUCUGUGGUUUGUAUAAACAUGUACUGACACAUUUAUAACUGAUUUCUACUGUUAGUGCACAUAAUGGCAGAAUGUUUUGCUUGCUGUGAUCCCCUGUGCUUAUGUUAAAGAUAAACAUUGUAACACACUUGGUGUAAAAAGUCCCUGAAGAGGUUAAUCCAUUUUGUAAGUGCUGAUGUGAACAUAACUCCUCCCUUGGAUUGUACAAUGAAUCCUUCAUCGACAUAUACUGUAGACAGCUAUGUGUUUCCAUAGCUUACACCGCUCUGUUACUGUUUAAACAACCACUUGGUGGAAGGACUUAAAUGCAGCAUUGAAUCUCUUUCUGGAAUAUACAAGUCCAGAAAACCUUUGUUCUCUCAAGGAUUUAAAAAGCAGGAGAAGAAUAACAAAAAAACAAAACCCAGUCUGCAGAAAGAUGUGUGCCUGAAUAUGGAAUACAAAUUAGGACAUAAAACCAUGAUUAGAAAGUAUCAUGAGAUUUCAAUUACAUAAAUUUGACUAGAUUCAUUUUUCAUCCACUUCAAUGACAAUUGUGGAACAUAAAUUGCACUUUAUGAGUACGAUGGGGAGUUUUGGAUAUAUUACAACCCUGAGAAUUGUUUGUAAAAGAAGUGCACUUUUUCUGUGCUAACAAUAUUCUUUUUGUUUCAGAAUAAAUAUCAAACAGAAUAAUUUAGGAAAACUACCGGACAUUUACCUUACUGUUUAACAAACUUUAACCAGACUUGUAUUUAAGGGAAAGCAUUAAAAUGAAAACUGAAACAUCUGUUACAAAAUGAAGAUUUUAUAUUUUUUUUAUCUCCUCUCUACGACUGUAUUCUUUCAAACCCAGCAAUCUAAAAAUGAUAUGAAGGAUAUUCUAGAAGCUGGUGAGUAUUCAUAUUUUUAAAUGUUUAAUGAUCUGCUUUAUUAAGGGAUACUUUUUGUAAUUCAUUAAAUUAUAACACAUAAUCAUUCAAGAUUAAUCAUGGCAUAUAGUAUAUGAGGGAUACAAUUGCUGUAAAAAUUAUUAAUUUUAAUUCAGUAUAAGUAGAACAUCAAUAUAGCACAUAUUAUAUUAUUUUCAGAUAGGGAGUCAUUGGAGACACAGACCACAUCAUCUCUGGUACCCACAAGUUAAGGGAUUGAUUGUUAUUCUUCUGCACAAGAUGCAGAUUCCCAGUGUGGGGUAUCCUGCUAAAAUGAUUCAUGCUGUUUUAAACUAUACUGUAAUUACUCUGCACUCUCAUAAGUGCAAUGCCAUUGCAGUAUCCCACUAUAAUGAAAUUCAGCAUUUUGAAGUCUGAAUUUUAACAUUUUGAUAGCGAUUUGUAUAUCAGAGAAACUUUUAUCACACUGAUAUUAGAUAACAUGUAAUGGUUGGUUGCAGCAUUUUAUUCCUUUUGUGAUAGAAAAAUUUUAUAACUAAAAAUUAUCAACAUAUGUAUUUAUGCCAAAAGAUAUAUAAGUGAUAGUGUUCUGUAUGGCAAAACUAAAGUAGGGUAAUUGUCCAUUUAGUAGUCUUGCGAUCAAUUCAAGCACUUAGGUUUCUGGAUAAUGUUUUGACAUCUGCAUAGAUAGAUGGUUAGGGAAUUACAGUGCAGUAAAUAUUGAUAUAAUUAGUUUGAUUAAUUCAUGUGUGUACAUGCAAGAUAUACUACACAUGCCACAUAUUUGAUUUUAGAGAUUAAAAUGUCUGAGCAGUAACCAGGAGCUCCAAAUAGGAUAGCAAUUAAAAGUGUUAUAUGCGUUAUAUGUUCAAUGACUAUGAAAACCUUAGAGGGACAUUAUAGGCACCAAAACAAAUUUAGUAUUCAUCAUGCCCCUGAAGUUUAACUGCUUAAUUCUCUGCCAUUGAGGAGUUAAAUCACUUUGGGUAUACACCACUAGUCACACCUUCCUGCAUGUGACUUACACUAACUUCCUAAAUACUUACUGUAAAUAGACAUCUAAUAUUUAAACUUCCUUUUUUUUGUAAAUAACAUUUUUAUUGGUAUUUGUUUUUUCGUUUUUGUCAGUUGCAUAGAUCAUGUAGUAAAAUCAUACUAGAAAACACUGAGACACGCAGGUAAGAGAUUCAUGUAGUAAAUGUGUUGGCAGACUCACAGGUCCACAUACUUUGAACAAAACAAUGAGAAUUACAGGUCACAAACCGGGUACAGAAUAUCAUGCAUGUUUUAACAGAGCCUCUUAUUCUUUCCUCUCUCUAUCUCUCCAUUUCCCUCUUUAACAUCUUUCUGCUGCCGUUCCCUUUCUUGUUAUGUUUAUAUGCAUUGUGGCCGUGCAGGGCCUUUUCACAAUGUAUGCCCAGAGUAACUAAGCCUAGUCAGUGCAGGUAAAGUUACACAUGUAUCAUAAUCUAAUCUUGGGCGUUAAUGAGUAUUAGGUCUAAUAUUUAAACUUUAUUGUAGAGUCUGUCUAAUGUUGAAUUUUGUCUCUGUCUCUGUAUUUAGCUAUAAAAACUUCUAAAGCACAUCAACAUCUGAUUGAACAUGUAACCAUUUUUUUCAUGCAGGCUGUGUGAGUCACAGCCAGUGGAGGUGUGGCUAUGACUGCAUGAUAGAAACAAAGGUGAUUUAACAUCUAAAAGGCAGAGAAGUGAGCAGUGAAACUGGAGGGGCAUAUUCUACACACAAAAACUACUUAAUUAAGCUAAAGUUGUUUUAGUGCCUAAAGUGCCUCUUUAUUAUUGACUCACCGUGCACCGAGACGGUAGUAAGCUAUUCUUGGUCCACAUGGAUGAAGUGACAACUUAAUUAGAAGUCUACGAGAUAUUGAAAAGUCUAUCAAUACCAGUGGUUGUAAUUAUUUGAAUUUCCUAUUUCAUGCAAUCUAAGUUAAAAAAAAUAUAUUAUUUAGCGAAUAGUUAUAUAAUAUUAAUUGCUUAAGACAUAUCUAAAAGGGCUCUUUUCUAAUUCCUAAAAUUUUUUAGUAUUCUAAAUACAAGUAUUCAAAAGGUAAAUAAUAGUGUCUUAGUGGCUAUUUGUUGUUUUUUUGACAGAUUAUUUCUAGAACAUAAAAAUAUAUUAAAUGAGAGCAAUGAACCGAAAUAACAUCAUUUUAAGUAACUUAAUAUUUUUUUCUUUUAACAUUUGAAUAUAGAUUUUAAAAUAUUAGUUCUGAUGCAACUCAUACAACGAUAUGCUCUGUAAUGCAUUCCCUAAUAUAUUAAGAAUAUUUAUAAAAUGAAGGAUUGAUGUGUCAUUAAUGCUACUGGAAACCGAUCUGCUCAAACCUUCCAAGACAUGUCAUCAGAACAACACCUUUUGUAUUUAAGGACAGAUGCAGUAACUUCUUAUAGGUUUCGUGGGACCUGAAAACUUAUUAGAUAAUUGCAAACUGUUGAUUGUUAAAACCAGUGUAAAAUUCAGAAUUCUUCAAUUUGCUGAAACGGACCGCCGUGUCAAAAGCAUUAGUCAUUGUCUAUUAGCCAUACAUUCACAAAUAGUUGUAUAUUAUAUAGCUAAUCCAACAGAUGCAUAUAAACAUUUCUCUGUAAGACACUGAGUAUUAAGAAACACUAUAGAGUUAGGAAUGCAGACCUGUAUUCCUAAUACUACUGUCCAUAGUCCCUAAAUAGAUUAGCCCCACCCCCUAAGCAUAUAAUUUUUUUUUUUUAAUGGUUUUGCUUACCAUUUUUCAAGUGCCAAGACUCCCUCAGUGUUGCUCCCUACUCUACCUCCUGUGAUGUCAUUGUGGAGGCGUCUCUUCCUCUGCAGUUGUACUAUCAGCAUGAGAUGCGAGCAUUUAAUAAAAUACUUAAGAUAAGAAAACUUUGAAUUAAAUGAUAUCCUAUGAGAUGCAGUCUCACUCUGUUGUUGUAGAGAAAGCACAUCUUCUCCUUUCACUGUCACAGAGUUACGCACUCAUCAAACUGAUAUUCGUUUUAGAGCUCUCUCUGUUGCAGAGGUUAUAUACACAUCAAAUUAAUAUUCCCUAUUGAGCCAACUCUUUACCAGAGCUCAAGUGCUCUUUAAAUGUGGUUUUAUUACUGGGCUUCCUGUUUCAUUGGAUUUCUUCAGGUCAGCUAAUUAGUAUCAUUAUUGAGUCUCAUCUGUCACAGAGGUUACACAGAUCUAAUUUGCAAUGGUUAUUAGCAUCCUCUUUCAUAAAGGACACAUGCUCUUUAGGUAAUAUUGCGUAUGCACCUUUAUCAGAGGUCACACACUCUCUCAAUUUUGGUAUUUUUUACUGAACUUCGUCUAUAGUAGAGGUUGGUUGCUCAUCAAUGUUAGUAUUCGGUACUGAGAUAACUCAGUCAUGGACUCAAUUAAUUGGCUCAUUGUUGGGCUUUUUCUGUCACGAAGGAUACAAGCCCAGCAAAUUGAUAUUUUGUUGGUGGACUUUUUAUGAUACAGAGUCAUAAGCUCCUUAUUAUUAUUAUUAUUAUUAUUAUUAUUAUUAUUUUAUUAUUUAUAUUGUGCCAGAAAAUUCUGUAGCGCUGUACAAUGGGGUCAAUGGAGUAUUCAUUACUGAACCACUCCUUCAGAGAUUAUGCACUCAUUAAGUUGGUAUUUGUGAUUGAGUUCCCUCUAUCACAGAGGUUACACACUGUGAUGGAAUACCCCGUCACUUGCACUGGUACUAUUCCAUUUUCAAAUAUUCGUUCGAACCAACUUAGUUCGGCUACUGAACAAGGACCACCCCAGCAUCUCCAUAGAAUGUGGAACACCUGUUAACAAGUGUGAAUACACAAAGGAAACAAAUAAUGAAUGCUCCUCUGGGUGGCCGCCAUUUCGUGUAACCGAAUGCAUGUGGUUUACAGAAUUUUGUCUCCAGAAACGCGAGCAGCAGUACAUGGUCGUCGAGUGUCUGGAACUCUUUUCAGGUAGGCAGUUGCGCAAACCGGUGACGAUGGAACAGCUGACCGCCCCAGUUCCCGACCAUAUAUGAACGGCAUUCAGGAGAUAGAAACUACCGACUGAAGGGGAGCAUUUUCUACUUGGAAGCAUAUGAAUAUAUUGUGUGGUUUUCAUACACGAACCCCUGAACAGAGACCAGCCAUUGCACCCAAUUUCCCUAGAACUGUUUUGGGAUUCCACCUCGUGGCUGGCCGGUACAAAUUUUACCUCGAUUCCAUACCACCAAACAGAUCUGAGUGCUUUUUGGCCAACUGAGGCGCUCAGAUCAGGGCUAUCAGGAGAUGUGACUUUUGUGGGGUUCCCAUGUUUUUUAGGUGUACUUUUGGGGUGUUGUAUGAUAUUUUUAUGUUUCCCUGUAACUGAGCAAUAAUUGAGUUAUAGUUUCCUGACUCAUUUAUCUCUCAGACACAGGGACGCCAGGCAGGAUCUUGCUAUAUUUCUGUAUGGAGACCCCCUGUUGGGGGUCUGUGUAUAAAUUGAGAGUGCUUGCCUGAAAUAAACAGAUCUGCUCCCAGCAUUUGGUCUCAACUAAUGUAUGGGGGAAAGCUAUACCAGCUAAAAGCACUUUCACAACUUGGUAAAGCUAUUUCACACUGGGAAAAGGAGUCUGUGGCGGCGAUGUAGUGGCGGUCCGCCACACACACUCAGGAAAGUGAUCCGUUGUUAAGCUUUUCCCUUUACAGAGGACAUGGGAUUGCCAAUUGUGUGCUUUUUAUUUAGUGUCACUUAUCACAGUAGUAUGUGCUUAUAAAAUUUAGUUCGCUAGUGAGGUACCCCAAUCUCAGCAGUAAUGCACUCAUUUAAGUUGUUGUAAAAAUUGACAUGCUCAGCAAAUUGGUUUGUGUCUGAGAUUCUUCAAUCACAGAGGACAUACAUUCAUAAAACUUGUGUUUACUAAACUUCCUUUCUAAGUACACGCUCAUGCAAUUGGUUUUGUUACAUAAUAAAGCUCCCUUUAUCUCUGAGGCACAUACCCUUCAGAUUAGUAUCUGCUACUGGGCAACAUAUAUUCCAGAGUUAAUGUACUCAUCAAAUUGUUACCAAGGUUUCUCUACGUCAGAGGUUACGCACUCAGAUUUGGUAUUUAUUAUUGUCACUGAGGAUACAUGCUCAUCAAAUUAGUGUUUUGCUGAGCCACCCAAUUGUUAGUUAUUAUUGAGUUUCCUCUAUCUCUAAAGUCAGGUGCUCAUCAAAUGUAAUAUCCACUACUGAGCCAAUCCAGAGGCCAUGUGUUCAUUCAAUUUAAUAAUUGUUGUUGAGCUGUACCACAGAUGUUACGCGUCUGAAAAUCAGUUUUUUCGUUAUUGUGAUUCUGCUAUUGGCAGUGCUUAUACAAUUACUGUACCACCUUUCUCUGAGGUCAGUUGUCUGGGGUCCACAGUCAUGCCGUGUUUGAGCUCCUUCUAUCACAAAGUACACGUCCAUCAAAUUACUGUUUUUCUGAACCACUUAUCUCUCAGGUCACCUAUUUUUGCAAUGGAUAGUUACAUAGUAUACAUAUAGUUACACGGCUGAAAAGAGACAUGCGUCCAUCAAGUUCAUCCUUUCUCACAUCUGUUUUAUGCUGUUUAUCCAAAAGAGGGCAAAAAAUCCACAUUGAAGCACUUCCAAUUUUGCAACAAACUAGGAAAUAAUUCAUUCUUCACCCCAAAAUGUGUGUAUUUAUUUAUAUAUUUGGCAGUCAGUUUUCUCUUUAGAUCAAGAAGCUAAUAUCCCACAAAUUGAAAAUGAUAUCUCUGAAUUUUAUGUUUUUGCAAGUAUUCAUGCAAUUGCUGUUUAAAAAUCUGUAAAGAAAUCUGAUAAUUUUUGUUCUCUCUGUAACAAAAACUUUUCUUUGCCUUAUACUAAUACUAUACUAUAUUUGCAUAAUGCUAUCCCCGCCCUCCCGCCCCCCCAAGGCACCAUUUUUCUAAACUAAAGAGAUUUAAAUUUGUUAACAUUUCUUCAUAACUAAAAUGUUCCAUUUCUUUUAUUAAUUCUGUAGCACGUCUCCACACUUUUUCUAGUGCCAUAAUGUCUUCUUUAAAACAUGUGCCCAAAAUUGCACAGUAUUUCAAUUUGGUCUUAUCAAUGAAUUAUAAAAAGUAAAAAUUACUUUCAUUCUGAAAAUGAAUGCCCCUAUUUAUACAUGACAAUAGCUUACUGUCCUUAGCAUCUGCCGAUUGACAUUGAGCAUUCUAGCCUAUCUUGUUGUCUAUAACCACUCCCAAAUCCUUCUGUUGUUAUCCCUAAUUCAUAACCAUUUUGGGUGUAAGUUGCUUGUGAAUUCUUUAUCUCAAUACAGUGGAACCUCGGAACUCGAACGGUCCCUCGAACAAUUCGAAAUUCGAACAAAAAGUUUGAGUAAAAAAUGUUUCGGUACACAAAUGAUCUUCGGUACCUGAACAAAUCAUGCCACAAACAUGUUCAAUUAGACACACUUUAGACACAUUUUAAAUGCCAGAAGAACAGUUAUGUAUCCCCAUUCAAACAAUAAUAUCUCUUCUCCUUUUCCACUUACGCCAUCAACUCUCAUCAUUACAGGUAAAGGGAAGUUACAUUUUCAUUUAAUUUACUGUACAUUGUGUUUAUUAUUUUCCUAUGUGUUUUUUAUGCAUGUAUGGCAUUAUUAUACUAUGCAAUUUGUGUUAAAAUUAUGUAAUUUGGGGGGUCUGGAACAGAUUAAUCAAAUUUACGUUAUUUCUUAUAGGAAAUGUUGAUUUGGUUCUCGAACAAAUCGGAACUCAAACAGCCUUCUGGAAUGAAUUAAGUUCGAGUUCCGAGGUUCCACUGUAAAUUGUAUCUACCAUUUGAGUGCACAGUCCCCCAAUCUAUCUAAAUCCCUCUGCAGCAAAGUAAUAUCCUGUUCACAUUGUAUUACUUUACAGAGUUUUGUGUCAUCUGCAAACACCCAAACCUGACUUUCAAUUACUAUUUCAAAUUUAUAAAUAUGUUAAAAAGUAGAGGUCCCAGAACAGAACCCUGAACCUACCACUUUUGUCUAGCUGUCUAGCUUGAAUAUUUACCAUUAAUGACAACUCUCUGUCAUUAAAGAGAAACUAUAGUGCCAGGAAAACAAACUCAUUUUCCUGGCACUAUAGCUUCCCCCCUUGUCAAGGCAGUCUACCAGACAGCAGAGCCGGUCUGGGGAUACAAAGCAGCCCUGGAAAAUAAUCUAUGCCAGCCCCAUAAGUCAUUGUACCAUAUAUUGUUGCAUGUAAUAUGUAAGGCUAUGUCUUGCCACCCCAGAUGAUUGAUAUAUAUGACAAGGGGGGAAGCUAUAGUGCCAGGAAAAUAUCAAAUAUAUAUAUUGCUUUUUCUAAUAUAAAAUAUUGGUCCUUUGAGAGUAAAAUGUUUAAUUAUACAGUAAGCAUACUCACAUGCAGACACAGACAAUCUCACAGACACACACAAGCUCAUUGAUACACAGUCACAUAGACAAACAAUCUCACUGAUAUACAUAAGGUCAUUGACAUAAAAACACAAGCUCACUCACUAGCAGGUACACAAACACACACACAUGCAAGCAAGCUCACUCACUAGCAGGCACUCACACAUGCAAGCAAGCUCACUCACUAGCAGGCGGACACACACACACAGCUUAAUGUAGUGGUUCUGGUGUCUAUAUCCUGUCCCUGCAGGCUUUUAAAUGUAAACACUGACUUUUCAGAGUACAGGCAGUGUUUACAUUGCUUCCUAGUGACACCUCUAGUGACAGUCACUCAGACGGUCACUAGAGGUGCUUCCUGUGUCAGUGCUGUACCUACAGUGCUGCACCUACAUUCGGGGCCUCCAAAUUCUGGAGGCGAUGAACGUUCCCCAUAGAGAUACAUUGAUUUAAUGCAUCUCUAUGAGGAGAUGCUGAUUGGGGUAGCGUUUUGCAGCCAAUCCUAUGGCAAAGCAUUGGAUUGGCUGAGAUCAUCAAGCUUGAUGAUCUCAGCCAUAGAGGCAGUGCCAGUCGAGGGGAGACCAGCAUGGCAUGGGGGAAAAAAAGGUGAGUAAAAACACUAUUUUUAAACACACAUAGUCACACACAUACACCAUGACAGACACACAUAUACCAUGACAGACACACACACACCUUGACAGACACACACACACCCUUACAGACACACAGACACCUUGACAGACACAUACACACCAUGACACAGACAGACACACACACACACACUGUGAGACAGACACACACACACUCACACCAUGAGACAGAGAGAGAGCCACACACCAUGACAGACACACACACACCAUGACAGACACACACACACCAUGACACAGACACAGACACACACCAUGACACAGACAGACACACACACACCAUGACACAGACAGACACACACACCAUGAAACAGACAGACACACACACCAUGACAGACAGACACACACACACCAUGACAGACAGACACACACACACCAUGACAGUCACACACACCAUGACACAGACAGACACAUACCAUGACAGACACACACACCAUGACAUAGACCGACAGACACACACACACACACCAUGACAGACAGACACACACACACACACAUACACUCACACUGACAAACUGACACACAUUAUUGAUACCUGUGGGUGACCGGCCAGGGGUCGUGCAGGGUAGACAGCUGGGUGUGCUUGUGGCCGCAGGGGAAAAAUAAUAUAUCUUUAGAAGGUCAGAACACUCACAUGUAAUGGAGCAUAUAUAUAUUGGCUUCAUAUAUAAACAGAUUAUGCAAUUAUGUAAUGCUCUUAGGACAGCAUCACAUUACUCCUGCAUAGAGGUGUUCCAUCUGGUAAAAUAAAAGAGAGAGAGGCCACCAAGGUGUAGUAUUUUCAAUGUAAAACCAAUAAAAGUGUAAGAUAGGUAUUGAGCUCACCUUAUUUAGAGCCUAAACACCUGGCUCUAAGGUAUACAGGUAUAGUGCCACUGUGAGGGGUUGGCAUUUCCCCAAAUGAUGAUUCCUGAGGUUUCAGAGGACCCUUAAAAAUACUAAUACAUGUAUUUACAAAAAAAGAAUAACAAACAGUAAAAUAAAAUCAUAAAAUACUGUGUACACUUGUAUAAAGAGAUCCUGUGUCUGCCAAAAUGUGUUUCACUCCCUUCUGAGCUUUUUCAGUCAGCUGUGAGUCAGUCCUAGGAAUCUCACCUUUUUAAAUUUCAUAUAGAACCUCCCCUUGGGUCUGAUGAGGUUUAGAGUGAACCAAUCAUAUUCAUUUCAGGCUGACCACCUUUUUAAUUAUCUCAAUCCACAUGUUGCAAGCAAAUUACAUUAGUUGACGGUAUCCCUGCCUUUUCCAACCUUAUUUUAAUUUGUUGGUGGCAUUUUCAUCUUUUUACCAUCUAAUAUUUCAAAGACGGUUAGUGGUAAUUGACAGAGGUGUGUACCCAUGUGCAAAAUCAGCCCAGUGCUCUAAAAACCAACCUAAGUACACCAUGACUUUAGCCACACAUUAAUCUUCCUAAUCUUUCUACUCUAGUGCACAGGUAAUAUUUCUGAAAAUCCAACCGUGGAGGUCUUUUCUUCAGUUUACUUCAUAAUUUCCUGAAUUCAUUCUUUAGGACUCUAUUCUCCAGUUGAGAUGAUCAGAGCAACAGAUUGCCCUAUCUAGUCUCUUAAUAAUAGAGUCCACAACCUAUCACCACAACCUGUCUAGCCUUUCUUGCAUUCUCAACCCCACCCGUACUAGAGGAGCUUAUCCUUCAACUGUUAGAAAGAGCAGCUUCCUCCAGUAAGCUACUCCUGAUGGGCAAAUCUGUUCCGUUGCUAUAGCAACUAGCAUAACCAGCAUAACCCUUUCCUCUUCCCACCUGCUACCACGUGAUGCUGUUACCAAACUAACUGCCUGUUCCCCAGCUGUCUUAUCUCCUCGCACUUCACUAGAGACCCCCCAUUAAACUCUGCUCAGGGAGCAGCAGACUCCUUUCAAGAUUGUCAAUCUCUCUCAAUGUGGCUAUUUGUUUCUGAGUUUCUAGAGAAGCCACUUGCUCACACCUGCCACAGAGGUAUGAACCCUGGGUUGAUUCAUCCAAGCAUGCAUACGUGUUUAAAUUGGUAACGAAGUUUGGGAUACAGCUGUGUACCUAAAAUGAAAUUUAAAAAACAAACACAAUAGUGUACUAUCCUUUAAUACAGAAAGGUAUGACACGCUGAGAUUGCACACUCACUGAAUGUAGAGAUACUAAUUGCGUGUAAAAUGCCUCCCCCGAUGAAGUUGGGAGCUAAACAGGACCUCCCUUCCCCUCCUCUUGUAGAAUUUCAGGAACCGAAGUUAAAGUUUCAAUCUUGCUAAUACCCAUUUUCACAGUUAUCAAAAGCAGAAAGUACAGAAAAUAAAACAAUAUUUACCUUGCUGGCUUAAACUCCUGUGUUUCAACGUCUACUUAAAAAUAGCCUACUUAAAAGAUACUAUCUUUAAGCAACUCCAAGUGAGCAAGCUCAAAACCCACACAGGUGGAAAUUAAGGGUCCACUCCCCUAAUUAACUAAUUAGUUGUUACUAAGCUCCCCCAAGUGGAGGCUAUGUACUUAUAAAGUUAGUAUUCACUGCUACCAUAUUUUAGAGUUCUUGCGGUCAUCACUUUGUUAAUUUGUUUUCGAGCUCUAUCACAUUGGUCACAUGCUCAGCGAUUGGGAUUUGUUGAUGAGCUCCCCUAUUACGGGGGACAUAUGCUCAUUCAAAUCUAUCUAUUUGAAUGAGUAUAUGACCUGUGCUUCUAUCACUGAGGUAACACACUCAGGAAUGUGAUAAUAGUUACUAAGCUUCUUCUAUCACAAGAAGUCAAAUGCUAAAAAAAAAUUGGUAUUCUUUGCUGAGCUUCCUCUUGCACAGAGGAAUAUGCUAUUUGUUACUGAGAGGACUUUCAGCGUUCACACACCCUUUUAAUUAAAACUUCCUCUCACAGAGACAACUCAUCAAGCCAGCUAUGUUAUUAAACUUUCCCUAUCACAGUGUUCAACCACUAACCAAUACUGGUACAUGGUUAUGGGCUUCACUUAAACACUAAGGUCACUUAAUAAUAAUCUGGAAAAAUGUAUGCUUCCCCUUUCAGACAUGCUCACUGUAGAAUUAUUACUGUUAGCUUUGUUUUAGUCAAGUUUUUACUUUACCCCAGCCAUUUUGUGGUGGUAUCUUCGAGUUUUGUACUUCUAGCAAUACUAUGAAAUCCCUAGGUCACAGCAAAAUGGUAGUAACAACAUAUAAAAUGGUGGGCAAAGUCAUUCAUAUGUGGAACAGAAAUGCUACUCAUUGGGUAGUUGGUUUGCUAAUUGGGGUUGCAUGCACAUGUGUCUAUAUUCGUGGGUGUGUAUAUGCAUAUUUAUUUACAGGCCUAAUCCAACUGUCAGUUCUACCACAUUUUAACCAAUUUUGCCUUAGGGUCAAGUAUGGAUUUUUGUCCCGAUCCACAAAUGUUCAGGCCAUUAAGCUUUAGUUGUGUAAGUGCUUAGUCUGCCUUUAAAAACACCCACAGCUCUUACCUCAAUACAUUUGUAUGAAGCCCCACCCUCCUCACCGUUACAAGUUAUAAUAUCAUUCUUCAGGUUGGCUUUAUUUAUUUACAGGUCUAAACCAACCUUUAUUUACAGGCCUGAACCGACCGUCAGUUCCAACACACUUUAACUGUCUUUGCUUAGGUAGUUAGGGUCGAGUAUGGCUUUUUGUCCCAGACCACAAAUUUAUUUUGCAGAAUACUGCACCAUAAGCAUGCCUCUUUAGCCGCACUCACUCAAACAGAAAAAAAUACUUCCUUAUCAAAUGUAUGCACACAUUCCAUUAGAAUGCUCAAUCCCAACACAUUAUUAUGAAUACUUUUAUCUUGUAGCUAACGCAGACAAUUAGAAUCCUGAGCCAAGCCAAGGGAACUCAAGCUCACUCACAGAUUUUCUGUAGAUUGCCCUGAUUUGCACAAUUAACUACCCAGAGUGAAGAAACUCCACUAGUUAAGAGGUGUGCCCAACAAUGCAAUCUGACCAAGUAUAUAGUAAGUUUAUAAAUGUUUACCACAUACGUUUGAAAGUUCUUCAUGCUUUAUUUUGGUUUCUAUAUUUGUUUAAAAGUGUUUGCUUGCUGGUAUAAAAAAAAUUAUUGUUAAGUGAUACAUGUCCCUACAAGAAGAGAGUAAAGAAAGACAUGAAAUGAAGAGGAAAACUAGGAAAAGACAAAAACAAGUAGAUAAGAAAUAAAUGGAGUUGCAAAUGAGGAAGGUGAGUAUUUUUUUUUAAUUCUUUAUUUUUGAUGUGCUGAGUAGGCACAAUAACAACAUAUCAGACAUACAUCAAUACAUGGUCAACCUUAGAGUGUCACAGUUUGUAAGCAAUGAAACAGCACAUAUUUUUUUUUUUUUUUUUUAAACAAGAAGGAGUUACUUAUAAAACAAAGUAUGUCUACAUGAAUAAUAAGGUUAAUAGACAGAGCCAGACGUGCAGUAUUCUGAGUAAGUGAGACAUCACUUUUUAGUAUGUUAAGCACAAGUAACUAUUCCGACUGGUGUGAUAGAGGGUAGGAAUUUACCGCCUGACUAUUAUAACACUAUUUAUGUCAUCCAGCCAAGGCUUAGAGCAGGGGGAGGGGUGUGGUGGGGAAAGGAUGUCGGUACUGGUUAUAAACCAUUUGAUAUGUGUUUUGGGAGCUGAGCUAAACUGCGGUCAGCAUGAAAUGUUUUUUUGUUUUUUGUUUUUCAAUUCUUUAUCUUUGUUGUGCACAGAGGUGACAUAUAUAAGACAGUAUCAUGAUAAAAAUUGCGGUGAAGUAGACAUAUCAGCGCAGAGUAGAUUUACAUGAUUUUUGGCACAGGUUUUUUUUUCUUUGUUUUUUAAACACAGUUAAACAUAAAGAUGAUAUAACAUAGACACAGCUCAGAUUGAGAAGAAAAGUAUUGCGUAAUAUAAAGAGGCUGUGUGCAUUAGUUAGUGAGUAUAUAAUGAUUGGGAAAACAAACAGGCUCGUCGUGUCCCAACCACAGGUGCCAGGCUAUUCAAGAUUCAAGGGUUAAAUGCUGUAAAGCUUUUAAAGAAGCCUGCACAGUUUUUGUAAUAACUAGACAGGUGAGUUUACAGGUGGAGUAUGAGAGAGAAAAUAUAAAAUUUCCAGGUUGUACUACCUUGUCAGAACAUGUCAAGUGCGAGACUGUGGUGCUUAAGCACUUAGUUAGACUAUACAGCUUUAUUGAGUGCUAAUAUAUGCACAUUUACUUGUUUGUAGGUAGGACAGGUAAGGUAAUGGUAUGCACCUGGCAUGGUAAGUAUGGUGCAUUUUUCUAAAUGUUAGACCUUAUGCUGGUUGGGGUCACUGGUGUUUUACCUCUGGGGGGUGUCUCACUACAGCAGUGUACCAAAUGAAUAGCAGAUCUUACAUUGGUGGGGAUAAUAGAACUAUUAGCCAGAAAGAGAAGUCACAAGAAAAAAAAAAAUCAGCUUUUGUAUGGCAUUGAAUAUUCAUAGAAUAACUUGUCCUGUUAGCAAGGGUUGAGUAUACUCAGGUAGCAGUCCCAGUAUCAAGAUCAGCCGAUUCCUUGUAGUGGCAUGGCUGCUGCACCUCCCAGGCAGGAUUUAUUCCGGAGCAGAUGGCCGGCUGCUGAGGCACGUCUCGAUGGGGGCGGUGGGGUGGACAGGUAGAACUAGUGGUCUUCGUGAGGUUGUCUGGUGCGACAAAUGCAUCUAGAAUAGGGCAUGGGGUCUCAUUAAGGUUGCCCAUCUUAUGGAAUAAAACAUGAUAACAAUUAAAUGUGAAAUUAACAGGAAACAGUGUCAAAAGUCUCAGCUCAAGUUGUAACCUCUGCGUAGGGGUUCGGUGUUGCUCCAUGCAGGGCAAACAGGGAGAUUAAUGCUGGAUCCCAGGUGUGGGUUAAAGGAGUUAUACUAUGCGGCACCUCCUGAGUAAGUGAGUCCUGCGGUAGGUCCAGAGCCCGCUUCAAUGCUGCAGCGUCCUUAAGGUCAUGGAUAUGGUGUGUGUCAGUCCCAUGUUGGAUAAUUAGUAUUUGGGAGAGGUGCCAGCUGUAUCUGAUAUUCUGUAGUUGAAGCAGGAGGGUGAGUGGUCGAAGCGACCUAUGUCAUGCCACGCGAUAAGUCGGCGAAGAAUAUAAGCAUCAUAUUCUUGAAUUGGAAAGGCGUUUUACCUCAUAAGCCUGUGAGUAUUGCAGCAUUAUCUUUCCCACUUUGGAAGAUGACAAUAAUGUCCCUUGUUAGCCGUAGCUGGUGCCUUAGCAGGUUUGGCAUGGAAGAGGUCUUCUGGAGUAAUUGCUUUGGCCUGCCUAGAUGCUAGUAAGGUUGUGAACAAGCAUCUUGUGAAAUGUGACAAUUCCACCUCUAGGAUUUCCUCCGGGAUCCCUCUGAUCUUCAGAUUAUUUGUCCGCCAGGUGUCUUCUUGAGCCGCGAAGCGGCGUUCAUGCAUCAAGUGCUGCUGUUGCAUAUCUUGUAUGGCCUUUUGAAGCUGAGCUAUGUUCUGGGUGUUUGCUUGGGAGGCUCCCUCUAGUGCUUCGAAUCGGCCUGUCAGGCCCUGUAGGUCUCCUCGGAGUGCAGUGACAUCAGCCAAGUUGUUCUUUUGGAAAUCCACCAGUAGCGUUUUUAAAACCGAGGUGGUUACCGGUGAAGAGUCUGAGCCUGCCUUGUUUGGUCUUGUCAACGGCACUGGAGUCUCAGUAGGUAGGAAUUCUUCCUCUGCAUCGCCUGAAAAUUCGUCUGAAAAGUCAGAGCAGCCACCAUGGCAAGCCGCGUGCUUGCUUCCACGGGUCGCCGAUAGUCAGACACAAAGUGGGCUUUCCUGGUACCGAUUUCUUAGAUUUGCAUCCCAUGUGGUAUAGUGCUUUCAGGGGAACCCCAAGGCCGAGAUGAUGGGUGAGUGUAUAAAUUAUUAGUCGUUUUUGCCGUUAUAGCCUCGGAGCUGCAGGCUGAUGCGACCACUCAUUUCAGAGUUCAGGCCCCGCCUCCGUAAGGUGAAUAUUUUGAGCAACUAUCUCAGAAGGUUUUUAAAAUAGGGCUACCAAACCAUCUAAUGGGCAAAAGAGAAAUGAAAACCUGGUCCACCCAAAAGAAGCCUUUAGUGUAUCCUCAUUGGGAUGACAUGGCAAGGAGCUAUGAAUAAGUAUCUACUAUCUCUGCUAUGGCAAAGACCAGUGAUGACGGGACAGGAAUCAUCAGGAUCUGAGGUGACUGUUACCACCUCAUAAAUAUUUCAUAUGACAUUUUUUGGAUCUAAGUUGCGAGUGUGUAGCAUUUAUGUGUCAAGAUUAUUUUAAGCUAUUCUUCCUUAGGGAAGGUAGUUGGCAACACAAUCAUUCAUGACAUAAUAGAUAGGACUCACCCAUUGAAAAAAGUCCAAUAAUAAAUUCUUUGAUUUAUGUAUCAACAUGCACACACAUAUAACAUGUUUUCAGCAUAUGCAUAAGCGAUGUAUAGUAAGAAAAACCUUGGGUUGAGCUAAAACAUUUAUCUUCAUGAUAUCACCAACAUUUUUGUCCUGUUUCUGGACAAUAUAUUUAGUUUAAGUCCAUGCAAUUAACAAUUUACAGAAUAAUUUACUGAAAGAUGUUAAAGCGGAGGGGCAUAUAGCCAUCAAGAGGUUGCCAUGUUGGAGAUUCAAAAUGAUUGCCCUGAUUUUGCUAGUGCUUUUGACUCUGACUUAGCCAAAAAAUAAAUUAGAAAGUUUUGUGUUUUGUUUUUUAUGUUUGUUUUGUUUGUUUUGUCUUAUUGCCACAAUGCUUCACUUAAGUUCUGUUCUUUCAAAUAAAGCACAUGCUUAGAGAACACAUUACUCAACACUUACUCUAUCAAUAUCUCUCACUUUACCGAAAGCGCAUGGAACAACAAUUUUAUCCCACAAUAAAUUAACUUAAUUGUUGCAGCCUACAGUCACUCAGCACACAUAGCAGCAGCUGGCUUUGUGAAAGGGGGAGGACAUAAAACAUGUAUCCCCAGGUACAUUUUGGAAUGGUUGAUGAUUACAGAGAGAAAGACACUGAGAAAAUCCAAAGGAAAAACGUAACCUUCACUUUCAAAUGAGCUCACUUUUACAGGAACCUUAUACAGUUCUUUCAGCUAGUGAUUAUACUCUGAUAAGCAAGGGUAAUGUAUUCCCUUAAGACAAUGUUAUAGAGAGAAUCUGAACACAUAUAUCUCAGCAGAGUUAUGAAUACUUAUUUGUAACAUUACAACACCUGAUUACAUUUGCUGGUGAACUUUACAUUCUGAAACAGAAGGUUGUGAUUUCUUUAGGCAACACUUGAUGUGUGUUCCUGAUAGUUUGGACAUUGAUAAAAAAAAUUUUUUAUUGAAGUUUCCUCUUCUUGGCUCAUUUGAAAAAAUGUCAGAAUGAAAAAUAGCAACUAAAGCAUCUCCCUCAGCACUGUUAUCUGCAUGUGGCCCAUUCAGUGGAGGAACAACUGCUGGUGCAGCCGGUAAGACUGCACUGGGCCUGCAAGCUGAAGCACAGGGCCAUCCGAUGAGCAUCUUUGAUCAAGGCCCUGGGCAGGCACUGCAGCCUUUUAACAAUGUGAUUGGUCCCCCUGUUCAGUAUUAAGCCAUGGUGCUGGGAGGAGGUGACUACAUGUCAUAUAUUGAUACUUCAUGCCCAUUUGGCAUUUACUCCAGCAGUUCCUUAGAAAUGCAUGUGCUGUGCAUAUAGCACUGCGAGAGUUAACUCAUUUGCAUGAUUUACACAGCAAAGCACGUAAAUGCUAAUAAAAGAAACGACACUUACUACAGGUAUUUUUUUUUUUAAAUAGCUAGAUUUUAGUUAGCUAUGGGGAUGAGGUAAAAUUGCUGAAGAGACACUUCCUCUUUAAAGAUUAAAAAAAUGUUUAAAGUGUAUCAAUUUUAUAUUGCCGGUAGAGUUUAAUUAUUAUUAUUUUACUUUUAGUGCAUUCCUUUGUUAUUGUGUUUUUUUAAAGGAAUGGAGCACUAAGGGCUCAUUUUCAAUCGUGUUGAUACUUUAUAUGGUCCUCUGAUACUUGCCUGUCACUAGAGGGACAUAUUUUUAUCCUCAAGUAUUGCAGGGAUUUUAACUAAAUAUGUUUUGCCUCUUUACAGACCUGAGGCUAAUGAAAUUCAUGAUCUCUGUUGGCUAAAUCCAAUAUUUUGGUCACCAAUUUCUGAUAUAGGUUUAGUGGAAAACAUUUACUUUUCUUCACAAAAUCAUGAAGUGUACAAACCAUGUCGAAAUGCAUUACAAACUAUUUUCAUGCCAGUAUAUUCUGCCCUGUCAACUGCAUGUCAUACAUCCUACUUCUUUGAAUUGUUAGAAGUGUAGCAACACACAUGGUUCUUUCUAUCAUGUGUGGUGAUUUUGUCCAUUCAUGCAACAGUAUUGAUCUCAAGCACAUGUUGUUACAGACAGUGGGAAACACUCAUGUUCCUGGAUCCCUGGAAUACGUUCUACUACUAAUUUCUCCUCAAAAUAUUCUGCAAGACACACAUAAAGUGUUUCUCCACAUCCUUACAAUGGCCCAGUUUUGUGUAGUCAGAGCCUGUAAAACACAGAAUCCCUCUUCCUUAAUGAGCUUGAUUGAUGGGAUUAAUAACAGCAAGACAUGGAGCUCUAUGGAUUCCUACUUGACUCUCUCCCAAACCCUAAACCCAUCCCUUGGAAUUUAUUGACUAAGUAUGGUUGUACUAGCUUAUAUACAUAUGGGUUUCUCUGGACCCCCUCUUGUCCAAUAUCCCCCCGCUAAGUAGUCCCUAGGGGUUGAGCACUGUUAUAUGUUGAGAUGCCACCCAGGUGUGUUUCUCCUUAUGCUAUGUUCAUGGUUUAGUUCACAACUAUGUUUUAAUUUUAAUUUCUUUUUUAUUUGAUUCUGCUUCUUUUCCUUUUAUUUGUUAUCUUUCACUACUAAUAUUAUACAUGUUGCAGUGGCAAAUCUAUUGCAUGUAUGCCACAGCAGGUAUGUAGCGGUCUCUCUGUUGGAAAUUGAGCCAUGAAUUUGCCACAUUGUAGCUACUGGUGCUAGUAACGUGCCAGGCAGGGGGGAUUGGGAGUUAUACAUACUACCUAUUCCCAGGGCAGACACCUGCCUACUGGUGCGGGUGCUGUGAAGCAAGUGCCUGCUAUGGUGCUGUACAAAUUGGCUUCAGAGUGGGUGACGAGGAGGCUGCUGGGAUCUCUGUCAAGCUCCUUUGCAUGGAGCCAGGAUGUAACUUCACCCAUGUUCAGUACAGACUAAAGGGAGCUGGGCAAACAGUAAAGAGAGAUCCUAGAAGUAAACCACAGGACCCACAGGGAUGACGUUCCACUCCAGCUCCCUUUCAUGGGACGAAAAGGGAGGCUGGGUGGUGUAUAAAAAAAAUGAAAUAAAAAAUGUUUUUAUGAGAGAUAGAGUGCGUGUGUGUGUUUUAUUUAACUCAUGUCAGCCGCUCUGCACAAUAAAAGUAGCAGAUUUAUAGGGUUUUUUUUCCACUUAAAUGUUAAUUGUGAUGAAUUAGCCAGGGAAUUGUGAAUGGCUAAGCUGUAUAAGAAGCUACCUUUGAAUGUUUUUUUUGUUUUUUUCUUACUUCAGCUAUAUUAGACUACAUUUUAAUUCCCUUAGACACCUUAUGUUUUUACUAUAAUGCAUUUUUAUUUUUUACUAGAGUUGAUAGGCACUUUUUUCAAUAAAAAAACCUGUUGAUUUGUAUUGUAUUUUCCUUCUGAGAAAUAAAAAACACUCAAUAAGUUCAGAUAGUUAUGUUUUUUUUCUGCAAUGUUUCAGGUUUUAUUGAAGUGUUUGCAAUUUGAAAUAAAUAACCUAGUUUCAUGUUGCAGUUUGGGCACUUGGGCUCAAAAGGUUUGUCAUCGCUGCCCUAGAAAAUUAAUGUUUCACAUUAUUCGUUUUUUCAGGUGCUGCUUUGGAUAUUCUGUCAUUAUUGCAGUCUUGUCUUCUAGUUGUCCUGCAUGCAUGUGCACUGUGAUUACUGCUGAAACAUUUACUAUAUGCACAGCUAUAAACCUCAAUAAAAUGUAAAAUAAAAUUACUGUAUGCAUAUUAAGAUUCUAGCUCAAAAUUGACGAGCACUGUAUUUUUUUUUUAUCUGUGUGUGCUAAGGAAAGUAAAUGAUGAUCUUGCUAUUUGAAAACUAUUUAAUCUGCUCAUAAAUAUCAUUAAAAUGCAUCUAAUAUGUAUGUACAUUUCAUUUGUUAGCAAUCCAUUAAGGAAAAGGAUUUCUUGCAGACAAAGGCAAAUGGAUUUCAUAUGUUGUAAACUGAGGAGCCAUUUCAAAGCAAUCAGGUGAAUUGAUCUUCUGAAGGUCUUCUGGUUAAUUAUAUUGCAAUGCAAAACAAAAGACCAUUUUUGCUCAUAGAACAACUUCACUUCAAGUUCUCUGGAAGUAUCAAAAUCUGCAUUACUAAUCUUUAAACAUUUAAAUAUAUGGAUGGAAAUUUCAUGGAUGUAAUGAUUUAAGGGGCAUGCAACAUACCUCCCAACUGUCCCUAUUUAGGAGGGACAGUCUCUAUUUUGAUCCAAACCCCUCUGGCCCUAUUUUCUCUCCUAAUGGCCUUCUUCUAUAGAAUUGUUUGUUACAUAGUUACUAUGGGAGUCUUUUUUAAAUGUAUUCUAUAUAGUACACUAAAUUUUCUCAGCUUUUUUUUAAUAAGAAUCUCUAGUCCAGUCAUCUCACUCUUCACCCCACAAGAUGUUGCUGAACUAAAAAUGUCAUGAUUCUCUUACCAUUUAUUGAUAGGAUUUGUAGGUCAUCGGUAUGUUGGGGGCAAGGAUUAGGGCAGAGUUUGAGAUCCCUGUUCUAGUCAUCAGUUCAAUCCAUGUAGAACAUCUAUGUGUUAUUGUUGUAUUGUUCAAUUCAGAUUAGUACUGUCCAGUUACAGUUUGCCUUUCAAUAGCCAAUGUCUCAUAGUGUCUGGAUUAAAAUCAGUGCUUUAACAUCUAAAUCCUACACAAAGAAGAGCUUUCAGAAGAUUCACAAGGUACCAAUAUUAACAAAACCCAAAGCUAAGUGCAUCUAGUGAAAAAAAUUGACAGAGGUAUAUUUGUAUGCACAAAUCACAAAUGCAAAACAAACACAAGGUAAGAACAGCGCAAAACAACUAAACAAAAUAAUAUAUAUGAGGCAACACACCUGAGAUAGGGGAUUCCCUCUAACCCUAAAGGAGAACUAGACAGGUAGACAAAGGAACAGGUAGCACCAAAAAUGAGCAAUAAAUGUAUAAAACAAGAUAUGAAGUCCAAAAGUUAUCUGAAAAUACAGUAACAAAGAAUCUAUGAUAAAGUAAAAAUAAAAAUACCAGUAAAUAAAAUACAGUCUUUGGAUGAAAGGUAUUCAUCUUCAAAUAUUCUUAAAAUGCUUGGGGGGCAUUUCCUUUCAGUAGCAGCAUAUGAGAAAACAUAAAACAGAGAGACCAAUAGUGCAAUUUUGAUAAAGGAUAAAGUGAGUGCUUAUAAAAUGUAUAAAAAUGCCAACUCACAUUUGAUAGAGCUAUAACCAGCUCUAGGAGAAACAGCAUGCAGUGGUAUUGUAUCCCCACUUGCAGGAUAUUUGCAGGUAGUAGUUGGUAGCAGGAAGAUGAUAUGGUGGAAUAUAAAAAAAUAAAGAAUGGCCAAAAGUGCAUUCAAUUGAGGUAGGUAUACACACAGUAAUAAGAGUGUACUUACUCUUGGUGGAGCAGUCUAACCACUCAAUGAGUUAGGCAUGGAUGGUAUAAUCCCCACAAAAGAUUAUUGGUAUGUUUCAGUAGAGAAGUAAGGUGCCAGGUGAUGAGUAAAAUGUAUUUAUUAAGGUUAAAAAAGUAUGUGGCUUUCUACAAAUGGUAAGGUAGCCAGAAAUACUUUAUUAACAAAAGAUAAUAUAAAACCACAAUGCGUUUCCCUUUUUUGGGGCUUUUUCAAGUGGAUCAGACACAUACCUGGCAGCAAUAUACUUAUAUAGGGUUAUGAGUAAUACAAAUUAGAAUUUUGGCGCCAAAAUGAUGUCAUGAUCAUGUGUGUGGUCACAAAGCUAUAAUGAGUUAACAUAAUACUAACAUGCAAUGAAAUAAAGCAUUUGGGAUAUAAAAGUAUAUUUGUAAAAUCAGAAGAAGAGAGAAAUAAAAAUGGAAUCAAGAGGGUGUGGCUUAGUGGCCAUGAUGUAUCAGCCGCAAUGCACACUGGGAAAUGUAGUAUGUGUGUGUUACUGUUAGAGAAUUCAGUUAGGACCUUAUAAAAAGUGUUAAUUCCGCUCAAAAUGGUAAUACAGUGUGGGUAGAGAGACUGGGGAAGUCUAAUAAUAGGAAUUAAAAGUGUAAAUGCGAAAUCAGAAAAAAGGGGGCAUGGUUUAAUAGGCCCAAGGGGAACUGGCAAAGAACCUUUGGAAAUGUGGUUAAAGGGACUCUCCAAUGCCAGGAAAACAAUCUGUUUUCCUGGCACUGCAGGUCCCCUCUCCCUCCCACCUCCCAAUCCCUGGUUGCUGAAGGGGUGAAAACCCCUUCAGUCACUUACCAGAGGCAGCAACAUGUCCCAUGUCGCUGCUUCUUCCUUCGCUGCCGCUCCUCUUCAUUACGUUGGCUGGCAGGCGAGACUGAUCCAGCCCACCGGCUGGGGGACCUAAUGCGCUUGCGCAGCAAUGCCGGCAAUGCCGUGCAUGCGCAUUAGAGCUCUCCAUAAGAAAGCAUUGAAAAUGCUUUUUCAAUGCUUUCCUAUGGGGAAUUGAGCGAUGCUGGAGGUCCUCACACAGCGUGAGGACGUCCAGCGACGCUCUAGCACGGGUUUUCUGUGCUAUAAUCCAGGAAGUGCUCUUUAGUGGCUGUCUAGUAGACAGCCACUAGAGGUGGAGUUAACCCUGCAAGGUAAUUAUUGCAGUUUAUGAAAAACUGCAAUAAUAACAUUUGUAGGGUUGAGGGUAGUGGGAGUUGGCACCCAGACCACUCCAAUGGGCAGAAGUGAUCUGGGUGCCUGGAGUGUCCCUUUAAGGCUGAUCAUAAUAACGAUCAGCUAUUUUGUAAAAUACAUAGAAAUAUAUAUGGUGUAUAAAAGACAGGAAUGCUAGUGGUGUAAAUAGUAAUAUGGUAAAUAGAAAUAGUAAUAUUGUUACUAUAUCUUUAGCUAACGUUUGGACUUCAUAUCUUGUUUUAUACAUUUAUUGCUCAUUUCUGGCUCUACCUGUUCCUUUGUCUACCUGACAAAUCACAAAUGAUUUAGGUUGAAGAUAAUAUGAUUUAGCUGAACUUUUGAUGGUAAGUAUGAUUUGUUUUCACAGGUAUUAUUUUUAAUGCCCCUCUUUUAUUAUUAGGGUGGUGGGUGUGGUUUGGACAAUUACACUAAUUAGGUGGUGGACAAUAAUAUGUCCUUGUAUAAUGGACCACUUAUAGAACACCUCCUUCUUCUUAACUUGUAUGAUACCUAUGUAGUCCCACAAAUUCAUACAAAUCCUUGAAUUAAAUAAAGACAACUAUCUUUGUCUGUCAGCAUCCCUACUAUGUUUUUGCUAAUUGUCAUUGGCAGAUUUAACCACAUACUCUGCCCCAGAGACUCAUUGUCAUAUUAGCCUUUACACUCUACCCCCCAUAUUUCCUAUCUCCUUAAAGCCACAUUCACUACCUCAGUCCUGUAUCACAAUACCCCCUGUACAGCUAGAGCCCUAUUCUUCUCUUGUUUCCACAGCUACAUCAACCCUCCACUGCCUUCAAGUAAAAAUAUCAAGGAUCUUCCCAACCUCUGAACAAUGAGUGACAAUAUUUAACAAUAAAGACAGCUUUAAAAUGUCACAGACAUACAUAUACAUGCUGUUAUCACUGCUCGUGUUCUAACAGAUCUUAUGUUAAAGGGAUACCUAUCAGGUACAUGAUCAUCCACAGUUUUACAUAGAACAAUUACAGUAUAAAGAUCCUCAUUGUUUAGACUUGAAACAAAAUCAGGAUCCUGUCUUAUGCAAGCAGAUAAACUCUGAAAAUGAAAAUAAAAUAUAUUGCAAUACUGUAUAAACAGUGAGAUCAAGUUAUUCCCACAAACUCAUUCAGGCUUCCUUCAACAACACCAACAAUCUGCGACAGUCCAACAUAAAAAACAACAUGACUUCAUCAUGUACAGAGUGUGUAGUCCCAGACAAGUCAGUCAAGCAUCGACACAUUUUACCAAAUAAAUUAAGUUUCUUUAAAGAAACAAAAUGCCUAUAUUACUGGCCUGUGACAGCAAAGACUAGAUUUUUCUCCCUUGAUCCCUUUUUCUUAAUAUAAUAUAUGAUCCAUUUUUCCUAUUAUAUUAAAAUAAUAUUAUGAAAAAACACCCAGCGAUUACAUUUUUGGCAAAUUACCUUUUCUUUUGCACAUGUUAAAUCAUUCUAAAAUAUGGCUGAAAAAAAUCUAUUUCAAUGACUUACACUGUGGAUACAGCCUAGCAAAAUUAUAUAACAAAAGAUGCCCACCUUCUGUGUUCUGAGUUGAAAGCCUACUCCCAUUAGGGGAGGGGACCAAAUGCUCAUCCCGACCCUCAAAAAUAGGGGUAGGAGGGGAUAACACUGAGACCCGCCGCCUGAGAAGUCACUGUUGAGCUCCCUAACAGGGGGUAACACUAAAGUUAGUUAACUUUAUUAGUUAGUUAACGAAUAAAAAAUCCCAAUAAUCUCCCCAGUAGGGGAGAGUAGUGAUAAGGGAGCACCACAGAAAUAGAAUAGUAAUGAGAAAGGCUAAGAAAAAGCUUAUCUUUUAUUAAGUGCUAAUUUAAAGGACAGAAAUAGUUCAGCGUGAAGUGAUUAACCAAUUGAGUCUGAGGGCUACAGGGAAGAAAAGAGUAAAAAGUUGAACUGUAUCCAUCUACAGCUUGACUUAAAAGCAUAAACCUCUCCUUGGGUAAUUAAUUCAAGAAAUUUACAUAUAUGAUCUUCUAUCCCCUUUGUGCUUGUUCUGCCUCCAAUAUAUAUAUAUAUAUAUAUAUAUAUAUAUAUAUAUAUAUAUAUAUAUAUAUUUAGUCAAUACAAUGUUAAACAAAAAUCUGCACACCAGUCAAGCCAUAAGACUUGCUUUCCCCACAGAAAUCCCAAAUCUGCAAUGAUGUUACAACCGCAAAGGAUUCUGGGUGGGCAUAUGCAAAUUAGUUUAACAAAGAAUCACAUGUUUGCCUCAUUCCAUUUUAAACAUGGAUUUCUUUUAAUAUGUGUUUGCAGUAUACAACUGCUUGGAACACAAUUUAGGAAAAGAUGCAAAACCAGUGAACCACUCAUAGACAGCUGUUUUGUUGUUAAUGCAACUCAUCAACAAGAGGUUGGUUACUGGUUUGCUUAUUGAGGCUUAGUAGUGCUUGGGAAGCAAAAUCCAAAUAGGUUAUGGUGGGGGAAAAAUAGUGAUUGAAAACCCCUUCCACCUGAAGUCUGUGGAUAGUUAAUACAAUGUUAAACAAAAAUCUGCACACCAGUCAAGCCAUAAGACUUGCUUUUCCCACAGAAAUCCCAAAUCUGCAGUGAUGUUACAACCGCAAAGGAUUCUGGGUGGGCAUAUGCAAAUUAGUUUAACAAAGAAUCCCAUUUUUGCCUCAUUCCAUUUUAAACAUGGAUUCCUUUUAUAUGUGUUUGCAGUAUAUAUAUAUAUAUAUAGCCAGAAGAUGCGACAUUUAGGAGAUAUGGACCUUUUUGCAUGUCGAUCCUUUUAUGCACAAUGUUGCACCCAUCUUGACUAUGCCCCUGUAGGUGGCGAACGGCAUAGCCGGCCCUCGUCUGGAUAUGCGGUUCUGGCCAUUCCUACUCUCAACUUAGUUCUUUCUCCUCUGGAUGUAGCACACAUGCAUAACGAGGAUGACAAUGGUAACGUGCUCUCUCUGCCCUUUGGGGUCCGCCCUCUCCGGACGUAGCACAAUGUGCACGUCUAAGCACAGAGUAGGGACGUUCUGUUUUGGGGACCGCUCAUAAGUGGCCAGGGUGCACAAAGGAGUAACGACCCUUUGGGAAAGGUGGACCUUGUAAAGUGCGAUGAGGACAGCCCAUUUGGAAUGGAACACCAAGUGAAUCCUAUUUGGAACCCCGUCUAUAUAUCCUAUUGGCUUACGGUCAGCUUGACCCCCACAGCACACAUGGCUAAUUACAAGGUAGGGUAUUUAACUUGGCCUGGACAGCAUAGCUAGGACAUUUUUCCCUGAUGAUGGCAUGAGAGCAUGCUGAAAUGGGCAUCGGGCGCUUGUCACUUUUUUUGUUUAACACUAUAAGGGUAGCACUAUGGGCACUUUAGAUUAAGGUCUAUUUUGCUUGCAGUCUGAUUGAUAUCUGGUACAGGUAGGCACUAGCCUUGUGUGAUGCUGAGGUAAUUAGAGUGUCUACAGGUAUUUUACAUUUAAAACUGUAUUUUUAAAUGACUUAUGUCUGAUAAUCAGGACUCUGGUUUUCACAGUGGUCACUGCCCGCAUUGCCAUGAGCACUUUUGUUUACAGCCUUUUUUUGCAGUUUGGAAAUGAGUGAUAGGAAUAUUCCUACCAGUACUUCAUACAUUAGGUUGGUGUGAUUUGGGACUGUCUGGGAGAGGCAAUUACUUGAUGUACCCAUACCUCCUAUUUUUACCCUGCACCUUCGUGUAGAUGGAUACAGUUCAUCUUUUCCUCUUUUCUUCCCUGUAGCCCUCAGGCUCAAUUGGUUAAUCACUUAACGCUGAGCUAUUGCUCUGUCCUUUUAAUACUACUUAAUAAAAGAUAAGCUUUUUUAGCCUUUCCCACUACUAUUCUAUUUCUGCUGUGCUCCCCUCUCCCCUAUCGGGGAGAUUAUUGUUUUGCAACAUUUAGGUGAUCUUCCAUUUGUUUCCAUACUAGCUCACAAUAUAAAGUAAAAAUAAAAAUGGUAAAUAAAAAAUUAAGUUUCAGAAAUAAUUUUUUUUUUCUAACCAAAAUUAGAUGUAUGUUUGAGUUAAAAUAAAUGUAUGUUUGGAUCUACACUGUAAAUUUAUCAAACACAAUGGUCUCCCAUGUUAGUUAGUCUUUCAAACAUAAUGCACGUAUUCCCUCUAGUGGUAAUCUAACAGACCUUUAUACAUUUCAGUUCCAAAUAACGUGUAGUAAAAAAAGACUGUGACUAAAAAUAAAAUAUGUAUACUUCUCCCUAUGUUUGCCAUUAUGUACCCAGAAAAAAAUAUAUGUAUAUCUGCUUAGAUAGAAAAUUAAUUGAGUUGAAUUAAAUAAAAAAAGGUAAAUGUAAUUUUCAACAUAAUAUCUGAUAGCUGAUGGUCCUUAAAAAUAAUCCUCCCAAAAAGGAAAAUUGGGUUUCCUUUAUACAAAACAGCAUCUUUGAUUUCUGACUUUGUAAUUGUUAAUAUAUUUUUUUAUAUUUUUGAGUUAAACAAAUUAUGUAGAAACUGAUCUGUAAGAAACUGAUCAAUGGCAAUAAGUAUUCAUCAGCCGAAAUACAUAGAACAAAAACAAAAAAAAAAGUUACUUACAUUCUAUUCCAAAUCAAAGUGCACAUUUAAAUAACAGGAGGUUUUUAGUAUUACUUAAAUAGCCGUUAAAGUGUAAACUCACCUAUGCCAUUAAGUUCUUACACUAACAAUUUACCUUACUGCUUGCAGCUAAAACUAAAGAAUACUUAAUCUCAAAAAUACUUUUUUCUGUCUCUUUUUUUCUCUACUUAAACUAAAAAUACCCUCUUCUGUCUCUUUAGGUAUGCACAUUUACAUUGAUCUCAUUUAGAGCUUAGCUUGAUCCCAGGGAUGUAUUUACCACAAGGCAAACAAGGCAUUUGCCUAGGGCGGCACUUUCAGGGGGGACACCAAGAAACGCCAUACAAAGCUCCUAGACAAAUGCCUUGUUUGCCUCAUGUUCUGGGGCUGUCCACCUUACUGUGAGUAAGUGAGUGUAGCUGUCAGUGUGUGUUUGUGAGUGAAAGUGUGUGUGUCUUUCAGUGAGAAUGGGUGUGCCUGUGAGAGUGUGUCAGUGUGUGUAUGUCAUUUUAUGUGUCUGAGUGUAUGUGCCUGUUAGUGUGUGUCUGUCAGUGAAAGUGUGUGGUGGUUAAACAGUGUGUGCCAAUGACUGUAUGUGUGUGCCAAUGACUGUGCAUCUGUCAAUGAGUGUAUAUCAGCCAUGUAUCAAUGAGGGCAUGUGUCUGUCAGUCAAAAAAGUGGCCUUGACACGAAUUGGGGGGCCAAUUUAGAUUUUGGGGGUGCCCAAAUUUAGUCGUGCCUAGGGCUGCACAAAUCCAAAAUACACCACUGCUUGAUCCCCUUAAUUAAAAAUAAAAAAGAUAUCCAUUUUCAGAUUUUUAUACCAUCAUUUCUCAAUGCUUCCAAAAAGAACAACUAGAUGGCAAUAGAAGAGUGCAAAUAGUUUACAGUGUGCAAAAACUGGCAAAUUUCAUUGUUGAACUAGUUAUUGCAUAAGAUAAACCGGGUUACUGAAUAAAGAGCAAAUUCAAGGAGAAUCCAAACUGAAUUUUGAAUUUAAGGCCAAUGUAUCUAAACUGGAAGAAUAGGUGACAGAGAAUUGAUCAUAUUCACUUUGAAUUCUCAGUGUAGUAAAUAACCCUGACAAUUAGUUGAAUUGGUAAACUAGCAAAACAAUCCUGUUUUAGAGCUAAGAUACUUUAUUGAAUAACUUGUUAUAAUAUUAUUAUUAGUAGUAGUAGUAGUAAUUUAUUAUUGGCAUUUAUAAAGCGCCAACAAAUUCCAUAGUGCAUUACAAUAUUAGAAGAGGGGGAGAUUUAACAAUAAAUGAGACAAUUACCUAAAACUUGCAGGAACAAUAUGUUGCUUUAAACAAGCUUGCCGUCGAGAGCAGGGGUUCCCAACCCAGUCCUCAUGAGUAUUGAUAACAACCCAAACCAAAAUGCCACGGUGCCAAGUAUAAUUUAGAAUGAAAAGAUGUCAGGAAUCUGAAUAUGUUUGUAAAGAACAGUAUGUUUAUUCCAGCCCAUAAUUGUAAUGUUUUUCUUUUUACUUCUUUUUAGGUAAAAUUACAAAUGAAUGA